AGUUUCGAUACUAACUGCUGUCAAGCAUAUGAAUUUGACAGCACUUGGGGUCGGAACUGGGUUAGUUUUGGUUUCAAGCGAAAACGACAUAAACAUAAAGCAAAUAAACCUAGAGAACCGAGUGUAAUAGUAAUGUAACGAAGCUGCCAGUGACACUAAAAGCGCCGAAAUGUUCCUAAAAUAUAUUUACAAAGUUGCCUGAGCAUUUCACAUAAACCACAGUAGGUAUACAUAAAGUGCACUUAUUUUCCUCUAGAGCACGGUUAGUGUCUUCGAACUGUGAGAAACUCAGGUUUAAUUGAUUUAUGACAUAUGAUAACAUACAGUUUGAAUAAUUUGUUUUCAAAGAACUUUCGAAUGCAGAACAUUCAAAAAUCCUGGGGAGUUCCCCCUCCAGGUUCAUUUUGCAAUAAUUUUGUCAAUAUUUUUUAUCAUAUCAUAAAUACACACUCAAAAUCGAUUCCCGAGCGCGGUAUAAUGAAAUGCUUAAUUAAAUCGGCAACACCAAGUGCUACUGAUUAUUCAGUAAUCCAAACGCUUCUUCCCGAAAUUAAUGUACAUAAUAAUUUGAUAGAUAUUUCGGUGAAUCGCAUCUUGUUAUCGAACUUUGGCAUAAUCAUUUGCCAAACUUGUCAGUAAUAUACCGAAUGUGUUUGCUCAGUAUACACUGAGGUCUCCUUUUACGCGGGGGAUACGUACCGCGUAAACAAAAACCGCGUAACUUCGGAAAUCCGCGUAACUUCGCAAAUCAGCUUAAAAAACCGCAAAACUAAAGAAAAAAAAUUUUUGAUGCCAAAUGUCAUGAAACGUCCAGAUCUAGUGAAAUCUGAAAUAAUUUUUUUUAAAUUGACUUCGGGACUGAUGCCUAAUGUCUUAGAAAAUUGUACCAGAUCUCGACGUUUUAUGCAUUCCUAAGACAAAAUAUGAAAACCCCUUAGCUUGGGAAAUCCGCAUAAAAAUAUCGCAUAACUUAAAAAAUCCGUGUAAAAAACCGCGUAACUUCGGAAAUCCGCGUAACAAGAAACCGUGUAACUUCGGAAAUCCGCAUAAAAAGAAACCGCAAUGAAAACCGCGUAAAAAAGACUCCUAGAUGUACUAGCUUCUACCGAAAUUCAACGAGACACUCGUUAUUAGCCGUAGAAAAUUAGCGAUAGUGAAAUCAAAAACUAUUUUUUUAUAUAUUACUUUGACUACUUAUUUCUAGUUAGCAAUGUUGAGGAGAACUAGAAACAACUGCUUUUAGCCGUGUAAUUUUUUGUGUUUGUUUUUCUUUGUUUAUAUUUUGAAUUAGAAGGUGAAAUCUUUAAACAAUAAGUUUUUCCAGCCCUAGCUGUUGUGUUCAUAUUUCAGUAAUUAUACUUUUGUCAAUUUGCUGAAAUCGCCUAUCAUAAAGAAAUUGUUUACCCAUCAACGGAAUCGAUUUGAUUUCGUUUUAUUAUUUGACUUCUUAUUAUUCAACGAAACGCGAUAAUUUUUGUCAGUCACCUUCAUUGCGAAUUCACAGUGGUGCGUAUUAUCAGAAAUUGCCCCGUGCACCAAAAGAGAGCAGAUAAUGUAAACGAUAUAAUAACGAUGAUCAAUGGCAGCGUGAAAACUGUACCUUGAAAACCAGUGCUUUACCUUGGUCAGCAACCGGGGACAAAUAGGAAGCAACGCGUUAUCAUGCAGUAGUAGUGAAUGGCUUGUCGCCAGAUAUGAUGAAUACGGGCUGUGCGGCAUCACUUUACUGGCCACUGGAUUCUACAUGUUCACCGAUGCCCCUCGGAUUCUUUUGUCUCGCCUGUUGAUCUCAUCCAGUGAGCAGCACAGAACUGCUUUGUCGGAACUCGAGCAGCCGCUGUUCUAUUAUGUAGCUUUGGGUUUAACCACAGCUGGUCUCGUGGCCAUUACCGCUUCACUACUGGGAUGUUGGGCUACCUGUAUGAACACGUAUUGUAUACUAACGAUUUACUUCCUCAUCAUUUUGUGUCUUCUGAUCGCCGAAUUCGGUGUUUGCUUGAUGAUAACCGCUUGGCCUCAGUGUCUUGGUUUGAACUUGGAUGAAACGGCCAUGGUAAAAGCACUGCAAGGUAGCUACGGUGUACCCGAUCAUGAACAGUUCACUGCCGCUAUGGAUCUUGCCCAAACCAUCUUUGAAUGCUGUGCUAUUAAUACGGCCAUCAACUACGACACCUCUCUGUGGAAAUUGCAAAGUCUUGGCAAAAAAGAACUCACUGUACCGCUGACGUGCUGUAAACUACAAAACCGAUACGAGUUUUCAGCCUACCUGGAUCCGAUACCAACGAAUCUAACUCUAUGUCAAGCUCUACAAUCACAUGACUAUGAAAGUAGUAGACACUUGGACGGCUGCCUACAUAAGAUCGAAAUUUGGUAUCGAGAGCAAUACUUUCUAUUUCUGUGUGCCGGAUUGAUCAUCGCUGUUGUCGAGUUCUGCGUUCUAUUAAGCAUAAUUCUGAGUUGUACAAAAUUGCCCCGGCGAGCGGUUCUUCGUGCUCCAGAACGGAUUUCUCCGACAGGUGGUCUCGUUCAACCAAGGAGGCACGGCGUUCGAGAUAACAUCUACGAACGGGACCCGCCGGUACCAGUUCCGGUUCCGUCGAUACGCGAAACUUAUAUCCAACCCAAAGAAUUUACCAAAUCGAGACACGAGAAUCCGUUUAACACUGGAUCCCAUUACUACCAGAUUUCAAAGAGUUAUCUCGUGUAGUAUUCGUUCACUAGAAUUAAGAUGUAUUGUCAUAAAAAUAAGGUUAAACAAUAAAUAUUAAGUCCAAACG